GAGGGGCUGCGGGUUGGGAUUGAGGGGCAUCAGCAGAGCUGAGGGCAGCCCAGAGUAGAGAUAAAUGGCAUGGGGCAGGGGGGUCAGGAUUGAGGGGCAUUGACAAAAUCCAUCAAAAAUCCCCCACCCCCUCAAUGUUAGCAGCAGCCCAGGCUCCUCUUUCCAGCCCACUCAGCUCACACCCUGGGUGCUCUCCCCCUUUUAACCUCUCAGCACCUGCUCUCUUCCUCUGCUCCAGCUGGACGAAUGGGUCGGCCAGGCCUGCGCUCUCGUCCUCCCGCUCUGUCUCGCUGCCGGCAGCCGUCUCUGUCCCUGAGACCCUUAACCUGUGAGGGCAGCGCAGAAUUCACAGGUGUGGCGGAGAUGGAGAAGCUGAAGGACGUCUUUUCCAACGUCAUCUUCUCUCUGGAGCAGAAGGGCAUGGCCAAGGUUCCCUACCAGGUGGCCAUACCGGAGGCUGUGGCGCAGAUCCAGCCAGAGCUGGCUCAGCUGCAACCAGCUCCUGCCUGCGUCCCGCCAUGCGGGUACCAGAAAAACGCCCAGGUCUACAAAUGCGCCUCGUGCAGCCAAGUGGAGUGUCAGCUCCCCCUGGACUGUCCAGUGGAGGACAUCUGGAAGAACGAGGGGGAGAGGAUGGCUCUGACAUGCAGGGUCCCGUUCCAGACCCCCCCUGACGUCCGGUACAGUUGGAAGUUUGUCAAGGACCUCCGGACUCGAGAUCUCUCCCUCUUCCGGGACCUGCACCCAGGUGCCAGCUCCUCCAUCGUCCUCCGCCCCACGCGGGGCUCGCACCGUGGCACCUACGCCUGCCAGCUAGCCGAGGAGGACGACGUGCUAGCCCGGAACUACUUCUACCUCAAUGUGACUGCCAGCAGCCAGGGGGCAGAGACAGAGCUGCAGGAUAUGUUCCGCGCCAUCCUGCAGUCCCCAGCGGGGCGCAGGGCUGAGGGUCGGCUUCCUGGGCUCUCGGAGUUGCUGGCUGAACCCGACUCACUGCACAGGAGGAAUGUGGUGCUGCUGAUGGUGGGGCUGGCGCUGAGUGCCCUGCUGGGCACCCUGCUGCUGGGGGGCAUCUGUCGCUGGGCCAUGGGCCGGCCCUGAUGCACCCGGCCUGGGCCCUGGACUCGCCUCUGCUUCGGUGGCCCGGGACUGGCACCGUCAAUUCUCUAUCAGAAUAAACCCAACUUCCAGCCUGA